ACAUGCAGGUUUAGACAGUGCUUGAUUAUUACCAGUCGCUUUUAUGGAGUCGACCAAGACGUAGUUUUCCAUAAAAUUGACUCAAAAGUAAAAACUUGCAAAGAUGGCGCUUCUACUAAAAACCAUGGCGAAUAAAUACGCCUACGCCAUGAGGGAAAUGAACGAUAAAAGGACCGAACAUUGGUUCCUCAUUGAUUCUCCAAUCCCAACAAUCUUUCUGCUUGCAUGUUAUCUACUUUUUGUUUUUGAAAUUGGGCCAAAUUAUAUGAAAAACCGAAAACCAUUCAAUAUUGAUAAAAUAUUGAUUGCGUUUAAUGCAGUUCAAGUUGUAAUAUGUCUUUAUACAUGGAUUUACUUAACUCCCUAUAUUUUUGUUGGUGACUUUACAUGUCAAGUUAUUGACUACUCACCGGAAUCUACGCCGAUUGCAGAAAUGGCUUACGUUUAUUACUGGACCAAAAUUUUAGACCUUUUUGACACGGUUUUCUUUAUAUUACGCAAGAAAAAUAACCAAGUUUCAUUCCUACAUGUCUACCAUCAUUCCAUCAUGGUUGCCUACGUUUGGUACGGUGUAAAAUACGUUGCUGGCGGACAACUGAUUUUCAUCGGCGUUAUCAACUCGUUUGUCCAUGUAGUAAUGUACAUGUACUAUCUUCUCACAGCUUACGAUGCAGAAUACAAGAAAAGCGUGUGGUGGAAGAAGCAUAUCACUCAACUGCAACUUGUACAAUUCGGCGCCAUUGCAAUAUGGAUAUUUCUACCGAUGCUUAGUUAUGACUGUAAAUUUCCAAAAACUAUUUCUAUGGUUCUCUUUCCUCAAGUUCUAACUAUCACAUGCUUGUUUGCUGAUUUUUACUAUAAGACAUACAUUAAGAAGAGGCCUGUCAAGAUAACUGAAAACAAAGAAAAGUUGGAUGCUAACCAAAACAUUGCAGAAAAUGCAACACCAAAUAAGAGUAAACUUUUAAAUGUAUGUAAUACUAAUAUCUAAACUAUUUCAAUUAAAUACUUUUUUGUUGAUUGCGAA